ACGGAUUAGUCGAUUCCUUUCCCCACCUUCGUAAGAACAGCCCGCCGAAGAGGCGGGACUAGGCAAGCACAGUAGGCGGUGCCUUCCGGUCAGGUUUGACACUGACGUGGAGGAGCCGCCGGGAGGGGGGUGGGUGGCCUCUGAGUGACAGGUGAAGAAGAAGAGAAGACCAGAGGCAGGUGGAUGCGGACGCUGAGCUCGAGCCAGGCGCUUCCGGUGAAGAAGAGGGCUGCCAAAUCCCCCUCCCUUUCUGAGGUACAUCAGGGCAAUCAGUAUCUCUCUCAAGUGGCCUUCAAUCAAUUGGAACAAUGUUUACAGACUUGGACUUUGACAUUGAGGAGGAUAAGCUGGGUAUACCCACUGUGCCUGGGACAGUGACCUUGAAGAAAGACAGUCAGAAUCUGAUUGGCAUCAGCAUAGGUGGAGGAGCUCAGUACUGCCCCUGCCUUUAUAUUGUUCAGGUUUUUGAUAACACUCCUUCGGCUCUGGAUGGAACGUUGGCAGCAGGGGAUGAAAUCACAGGUGUGAAUGGGAAGUCAGUCAGGGGGAAAACCAAAGUGGAAGUGGCCAAAAUGAUUCAGGUGGUGAAGGGAGAAGUGACGAUUCACUACAACAAACUCCAGGCUGACCCAAAGCAGGGCAAGACCUUGGAUAUUGUGCUGAAGAAAGUAAAACACCGCCUGGUAGAGAACAUGAGUUCAGGGACAGCAGAUGCUCUAGGGCUGAGCCGAGCCAUCCUCUGCAAUGAUGGGCUGGUGAAAAGACUGGAAGAACUCGAGAGGACUGCAGAGCUCUACAAAGGCAUGAUGGAACAUACAAAAAGUCUUCUCAGAGCUUUCUUUGAACUGUCUCAAACUCACAGAGCAUUUGGUGAUGUUUUCUCGGUUAUUGGUGUACGGGAACCUCAGCCAGCUGCCAGUGAAGCAUUUGUGAAAUUUGCAGAUGCGCAUCGCAGCAUUGAAAAGUUUGGAAUCCGCCUUCUGAAAACCAUCAAACCGAUGCUGACAGAUCUGAACACUUACCUUAACAAAGCCAUUCCUGAUACACGACUAACCAUCAAGAAGUAUUUGGAUGUCAAAUUUGAGUAUUUGUCUUACUGUCUCAAGGUGAAGGAGAUGGAUGACGAAGAAUACAGCUGUAUUGCACUGGGAGAACCUCUCUACAGGGUCAGCACAGGGAAUUAUGAGUAUCGCUUAAUCCUGCGCUGCCGCCAGGAGGCACGGACACGCUUUGCCAAGAUGAGGAAAGAUGUGCUAGAGAAGAUAGAGCUGCUAGACCAGAAACAUGUGCAAGACAUCGUCUUCCAGCUUCAGCGCUUUGUUUCUACAUUCUCCAAGUACUAUGACGACUGCUAUGCUGUUCUGAGAGAUGCAGAUGUAUUCCCUAUUGAAGUGGAUCUAGCUCGAACCACUCUGAGUUAUGGCCAGAAAGAUGUCUUCACGGAUGGAGCAGAGGAGGAAGAAGAGGAAGGUGGAGGUGGAGAAGGCAACAGGAAGGAGGAAGAGAAUGGUGAGAAACUCAUUGAUGAUGCUUGAGCUCAUGGACAUGGGAAGGUGGAAAAAUCACUGCAGAGACUUAUAAAUUAUGUUUCUCUAGGCACUAUGUCCACAGUGACUUUUCUGUCUGCAAGAGCCCACCUAAGGAGUUGAAAGUCUCUGGAUAUGGGUGCUUGCGGAUGGCUUGCAUCUCAAGUGCUUGAAAGCAAUCCCAUGUCUAAAACAAUUCCCUCCUUCCUUGUCUUUUCCCCAAAUCCCAUCGCCCAUCUGUGAAGCUGAGAGAAAGGAGCUGACUACGUGGGAGUACCCUUUAGCUCUCAUCUUAGUGUGGCUCCCUGCACAGAGGGACCAUCACUUGAGUGUGCAGGACACAUAUUUCCACUAGCCAUUUCUGUAAUAUUUUAUUUAAUAUGACCAGCCUUGUCUUCAAGUAUAUUAGCUGGGUUCAUUGAUAAAAUCAUUUCAGGCUCCUCCUUCAAGGAGGGGGAGAAUGGCUUGAGGGUAUUUGAUUUAUCCCUCUUCUAAUCUCCACUACUGUCAUUAAAUGAGUAUCAAAAUAAGAAUGUGUCCCAUACCUACCACUGGCCAUGUCCCACCUCAGAUAAGAAGGAAAGCAAGACAGACAAGCCUUGGAGAAACUAAACAGUGCUUAGAAGGACAUCCAGAGAAGAAUCAUCUGGUCUCUAUAAUUACUUAUCAAUACGGAUAAGUGAUAUGAACCCAGUCGUGGGGGGUUAGAUUACCUUAGCCAAUGAUCCCAGUCUCUGAUGCUUUUCAGUUGCAAAGACUCAUGGCUGGCUUUAACCAAAUAUGGUCCUUAAGGGAUUACACAGCCUGCCUUGUAGAGCUCUUUGCAUCUCUUCUAAAGCCUUAUGUGGUAUUUAACAAGCUAUUAGAUUUGGAAGCCUUGCAUACAGAGGGGGGAAAUGGUGCUUGUGGAAGGAGGCCUUAUGCCCUGAGGUGGCUGGUCAAUUUGACUGUUUGAAGCAUUAAAGUUCUCAGCACCUACACUUUUACUUUUAUUAUUCAUGGAAUGCUGCUCCUGGGAACAAAGAACCUAUUGUAAACCUCCCCCCCUCCCUUACAUAAAGCCCUUCUGGGGGAAAGGGGGAAACAGUCUUUGGAGGUCUUCUAGUUCUCUAGCACUUUAGGAUUCUAAUGAUAUUGGGUGGCAUUCUGUCCUAAUUAGUAACAGUGAUCUUCUGAUAAGGAGUAUUGGCGAUCUCUUCCUUACAUAUUGAUUGAGUCUGCUGGCAAAGAGAAAAGCUGUAUAAAGGGCAUUAAUUUGACACACCCCCUCAGUAUCCCUUUCUGUGUGAAUGGCCAGCAAAAGGCUUGUGAUUCCAGGGCUUUUACAUGUCAGGUGGCAUGACUAAUAAAUAAAAAUGUGAACCUUC